CCUGACCAGAGUCUCACACCUGCUGGACAUCGCCCUCGAGCAGCUGUCCAAACAGUCGGUGUGGGGCAGCAGCCGCUCGGUUCCUGUGGUUCUGGAUGUCCUGAGGGAGCUGCGGCUGGACAGACUGAUGAACGAGAGAACUGCUGCGUUAUGGAUGGACAAACACCUGCGAGUGUUCCUGCCGAGAGCGUCCAGAACCUUCCUGCAGUGUCUGCGCAGCAAGAACUUCAGCUGCCAGAGCUUCCACACAGUGGUUGGAGCGUUCGAUGCAGGGUUUUCCCAUAUGGAUGAGAUUCAGCGCCAGAUAACCGUGUCAGACUUCAUUGUGCCGUUCCUCUCGAGAGCAGGUGCGGCGUGUGUGUCCAGUAACAGCUCUCAGUGGCUCAUCAGUAACUUCGGCCAGUUCUCUGCCCUCAUUCCUCUGAAUCAGCUGAUCUCGCUCAACCCACAGUUCAACCCGAUGAGCAGCCUGCUCUAUCUGUCUCCAGAGCAGCUGGUCGGGCUGAUGUUUGACGACGUCCCUGGUCUUCCAGAGAAAAGUGUGGUCAUCAAUGCCGUGUUCGAUCACCUGACGGCGUCUCCACAGACAGAGAGGAUCGUCUCCAUGCUUCCCAUCAUGGUGGCUUCAUCAAAGACAAGGAACGUCUCCUGCGCAUCAUAUCAGAUCAUCUUCCACCGUCUGGAUCAUCUGAUGGUCAGCGUGUCGGUGGAUCUGGAGUCUGUGAUUCUGAGGGGUAGAUCAGCUCUUCUUCAGAACGUGCCGCAGGGUUGUGUGAGCUCCAGCAGACCGUGUGGCGUCACACCAGUGAACGAAUCCACAGUGUGCGGGAGCAUCAACAGCUCUGUUGUGUCGGCGUAUCUCGGCUCGUCUCAUGACGGCGGUCGGCUCUGUGAAUUCAGCAUCACACAGUACGCUUGUGCAGAGUUGACAGCUCUGAGCUCACAGGACCUGGCGACGGUGCUGUCCUGCGGUCUCAACAGGAAUGAGAGCGUGUCUGAGGAGACGUGGAAGCUCUUCACACAGAAGGUCAACCCUGUGCUGGGUCCAGCGCUCGACCUGCUCACACACACGAGGCUGAAUAAGUCCCGCCCCGCAGUCUCAUUCUUGAAUGUGAUUGGAGAAGUCACUCUGAGCUCCUUCAGCUCCACCAAUCUGAGAGAUGAUUCGUUCGUCCAGCGCUGGUUUGACUCCAGGCUCCGCCCAUUUUUACCCUAUGCCUCUGAGAUGUUCCUGUCCUGUCUGUCCACCAGAGACUUCAGCUGUGACACAUACAGGAGCGUUGUCAGGAGCUUCAGUCAGAGUUUUGACGUCAUGUCCACCGUUACACAAGCUAACGUCUACGUUGACUUCAUCAAAGUCUUCCUCUCUCAGAACAGCACUGCAGGGUGUGUGAACGUCUCUCAGAGCAGCUCUGAUUGGCUGAUCAGCAGCUUCGGACGUUUCUCUGUUUUCACCACAGUCACUGACCUGCAGACGCUCAACCCCAGCUUCAAUGUGUUGGACACUCUGAGUCUGUUGAGCCUGAGGCAGUUAGUGGAGGUGUCCAGCUCUCCUGGAGUCCUGUCCAGCGCUGCGGUGGUUAAUAAUCUGCUGCUCUACGUGCCAGACGCUCGAUUCACAGAGUUCUUCUCAUCCCUCUCCGCUACGCUACAGGUGCAGGGCGUGGUUCUCCCGUCCCCUGUGCAGCAGGCGGUUCUGCAGCAGGUGUUUGACAGGGCCAAUCUGACCACAUCAUCAGAUGCUGAUCUGCAGAUCUGGAUCCUGAACAUACUGCCAUCCUUCAUAGCCAACAUCACCGUCCAGCAUGUGACGUCCUACUUCAGCAUUGUCCAGCAGAGACCCUGUCCCAUCAGCCAGCAGGGGGUGCAGUUGUUGAACUCGUCCAGCUCCUCCUUCCAGCCGGAGACACAGGAUCAGAUCUACCAGCUGAUUCUCGGCUCUCUCACAGGCCCCGCCACACUGCGCUGCUAUGGUAACCAGAGCUACUACGCUUUCCUGACCUCCUCCUUCAUGAGUUUCCAGUUCCCCGAUCUGACCACCUUCCUGUCGCUGAUGCCUGCGGGCCGCAUGUCAGAGCUGAUGGAGUCAGUGUCUCCAGCGGAGGUCAGCAGUCUCCUCAACCGCCCCAACACUGUGGACGAUGUUACCCAAAUCUGCCGGUUUUUCAGAAUUUACCCAAAGACGCCACAGUACUUACAAACGGAGCCGCUGUUGCCCGUGGGUUUGGCCCGGCAGGUGUUUUCCUGUGUCUGGCCACAGGUUCUGAAGCUGGACGUCCAGUCUGAGGUCAAUCAGUGGUUUGAUCAUCGACUGGUUCAGUACCUGCCUCUCCUCACCUCACAGUUCAUCGCUCCAGACGUCAUGCUAAACACCUCCUGUCUCUCCUUCAAGAAGUUUGUUUCAGUGAUGGCUCAAUACAACUACACUUCAGCAGAGGUUUCUCAGAGUGACAUCUACAACACCAUCCUGAUGUACCUCAACACCUCUUCAGAUUCAACUCCUACAUGCUAUAACCCCUCCAACCCGGAUCUCAACUCCACCGCCUGGUUCACAGACUACAUCUCCGUCUUCUUGAGCUUCGUCACACUGCAUGACCUCCGCCAGUUUGGCUCCAUUAAGCCGUUCCUCAUGAAUCUGGAGAACCUGCAGCUCUUUGGUCAGAUCAGCGUUCCUGCUGACGUGAUGGAUUACUAUGUGACUCUGCUGUUCGAUACGAAUCCGUCCUUCAGCGCCUACUAUCUUCCUCAGAAGUUCCUCUGCUUGGCUCCUGCGAGCUCCUUCCUUCAGCUGAGUCCAGAGCAGCUGAAGAUCAUAUCAUCCAGCAUCCAUCAGAACUGCACAGAUGUUCUCCCUGAUGUGUCUGCGGCUCUGGCCAGUAACGCAGUGAAUCUGACGGUGAACACCAUCUUGGCUCUGGGUCAGUCGUCCACAGGUUUGAGCACGGCUCAGAUCAGCGGCGCUGGAGGAAGUGUGCUGCUCAACACGCUCUCUGUGCUCAGUCUCGUUCAGGGCUGGAACCUCGAUCAGGCCAUGAUGAUUGUCCAAACCCUGCUGUCGUCUGGAGUUUACCAGAUUACUAAUGCAGCCAGUCUGCAGAACUUGGGAUCGCUGAUCAUCGGUGUUCAAACAUCAAUCUUCAGAGUAAUCUCAGGAAAUAUCUUCCUUGAGGCAAUGAAAUCUGAAGUGUUCAUGACUAAUGUCCUCAGCGCACCUGAGAUCGUCCAGCAGACCAUCGUCAGCCAGAUCAUCACGGUCAACAGCUCGUCCGACGCCGUCAUCACUAACAUUCCUGACCUCCUGGCCACAGAAAUCCCACGUGUCUUCCUGCUGGAUGUGUCUCAGACAUCCGUGGCUGCGCAGACGGUCAACCGAAAGAAAUGGAAACAUGAGCAGGCCAUUUUGCUCUUUGAAACCGUCGCCGCUCAGUUCAGCAAUCCAGAUGACAUGUCCUUCCAGGUGCUGCAGGGCUUCACCUGUUCUCGACUCCAGAGUUUCACCUCCAGUAAAGUCAUGAGUGUGAUCCGCGGCUGCAGACGGCGAGCCAACCAGACGCUCGUCCUGCAGGAGUCACAGCUGUCCUGCAUGUAUCACUACAUCAAGAGCGCUGAUCUCACUGCCUUCUCUCAGUAUCCUGCUGAAGUGCUCAUCUAUUACAACUACUCGAUGAUCGACAGAUCUCAGUGCCGCUCGUAUUUCUCCUCUCUGGGAGCGGCUGACUUCUCUGUCGUGUCCAGCACACUGUCCUCAAAGAAGCAGACGCUCUUCAACUACGCCAGGGACUGUCUAGGGAUCUCAGGUGUCAGGAUCAGUCGGGAUCAGCUGGAUGUUUUGGGGAACAUGUGCUGUUUUCUGAGCAGAGAGUACAUCCAGAGCUCAGACCCGUAUGUGCUGGAGAAACUCAAGCAGUGUGUGGAUCUAUCAGCUGAGCAGAUCUCUGCGCUGGAGAGCGUCCUGCUGGGAGGAAGCACCAGCUACGGACCCUCAGGCAGCUGGACCAGAACCACGCUGGAGAACCUGGACCUCCUGCCACUGUACCUCACCGCCAACAUCUGGAGCAAAUUCACACAGGAGAUCAAGCAGAGGUUUCUGAAGACGUUCAUCCGUGAUCUGAGGAAGACUGAUAAAGCUUCAGAGAUGAAGAUCCUCAACAUGAUGAAUGAGGUCAACAAAAUCUCACGAGUCAAAAUCAAGAGGUCCGCAGAGACAUCAUGCACUGCGGGUCAGAUCCUGCAGUCUCAGGUGUACAGCGACAUGUUUCCGUUUGCGUACGACGUGACACAGUUUAACGCCUGCUUGAGCGUACAAACACUGAAGGACAACCUGGAGGCUGUGACGGACAGAGUUUACGACAGGAGCUACCAGAGGAUCAUCCUGGACAAACUCAACCAGGCGUAUCCGGGCGGACUGUCAGACGAGGUGCUGCAGGUUUUAGGCUCCGCCUCCCACGCGGCCACACCUGAUGAUGUCAGAAAGUGGAACGUGACGAAGAUCGACACCCUCUCGUCUCUGAUGAACCAACGCAACGGGGACUGGGACGCACAGAUGGUCCAGCUGCUGGUCAGUAAGUAUCUGAGUGUGAAUGGAAACACUCUCGGCAGUAGUGAGCUGAACGCUCUGGGAGGAACGAACCUGUGUGCGCUGAACACCAGUGUGCUGAACAACAUCCCGGCCACCAGCCUGGAGCGAGCUUCUGCUCUCUCUUUGACCAGCUGCAGCUCAGAGAAGAAGUCGAUUCUGUUCAGUAUCGCUCAGAAUGCAUUCAACCCCAAAAACACACGCAGUACAAACACCGUCAGCAUCACGACAUACCAGAUGCUGCAGAACUACCUGGGCGGUGCUGACGUGACGUUCACCCGUACUCUUGUGAACUCCAGUGUGAAUAUGGACGUGCUCACCUUCAUGAGUCUGAAUCAGAGCGUCAUCAACGUGCUGCUCGUGCCUGAGGUCAAGAGACUGCUGGGUGUGAAUGUGGCCGAUCUGAAGACGUAUGAGAGCGCAGCACAGAUUCAGGAGUGGAUCAGGCUCCAGCUGCAGUCGGAUCUGGACUCGCUGCGGCUCGAUCUGACGGGGGGCAGGAACUCCAGCGUCACACAGACCACCGUCAGCAGCAGCACCACUACAGCCAGCAGCAGCACUAAAGCACCGUCCACCCAGACCGGCACCACAGCUGCUGGAUCCAGAGUCUGGUCACAUGUCUGUCUGCAGCUGCUCCUAUUUGCUGUUACCACGACGACGCUGCUGCACUGAUGACAUCAUCGCCGUCGUCUCUGUACUUCCUGUCUCUCACUCUGUCUCCUAUUUAAAGAGUUUCUGCACUUUCACUUCAUGAAGUGACAUGAACUAUUUCUGCGUGGAAUUGAUGACUAAACCACUCUGUGGUCGCAUCUGACUCGUUCAUAUGAAGUUAAUAAAUUAAAAGAUAAAUCUCAAAUAAGUUCAAACUAAAUAUGAAGAACAUCUCAGUAAUCAAUAUUUAGAAGUACAAUGAUAUGUGUUUGUAUACGUGACAGAGACAGAAGUGUGAUCCAUGGAGAUCAACGCUGAAGCUCAUGUUACUCCAGGACAAAGACUAAUGAAUGUAAUGUCAAACUGUGUAUGGAUUAAAGCAUAAGAUUAAUAAUUG